AUGAGAAACGCCGUCGUCGCCCCCACCUCGACGGUCGCCGUGGCCCCCGUCGCGUCCGCCUUGGAGAAGAAGACAAAGAGCAAGGGGCCCUACAUCUGCGCCCUGUGCGCCAAGGAGUUCAAGAACGGCUACAAUCUCCGGAGGCACGAAGCCAUCCACACGGGAGCCAAGGCCGGCCGGGUGCCCACGGGCGCCAUGAAGAUGCCCACCAUGGUGCCCCUGAGCCUCCUGAGCGUGCCCGCCGCCGGUGGCGUGGUGACCACGACCGCCUCGGGGAAGCGCAUCCGGAAGAACCACGCGUGUGAGAUGUGCGGCAAGGCCUUCCGCGACGUGUACCACCUGAACCGGCACAAGCUGUCGCACUCGGACGAGAAGCCCUACCAGUGCCCCGUGUGCCAGCAGCGCUUCAAGCGCAAGGACCGCAUGAGCUACCACGUGCGCUCGCACGACGGCGCUGUGCACAAGCCCUACAACUGCUCCCACUGCGGCAAGAGCUUCUCCCGGCCGGACCACCUCAACAGCCACGUCAGACAGGUGCACUCCACAGAGCGGCCCUUCAAAUGCGAGGUAGGAGGGCGGCCUCUCGGCCCCGCUCUCUCUCGCCUCUCCCUCCCUCCGGGUCUCCGUUCCCCUUCAAGGCCUCGUCGCCCCGCUCCCCGGGGCCUUGACCCCGUACUGGUGAGGUUUGUCCCAUGGCGGCGGCGGCAGCGGCAGCAGCGGCAGCGGCAGCGGCAGUGGCAGCCCCUCCCACAGCUCCCUGCAUACCUGCGCAUCCACGCGGUGAAGGACCACGGGCUCCAGGCCCCGCGGGCUGACCGCAUCCUGUGCAAGCUGUGCAGCGUGCACUGCAAGACCCCUGCCCAGCUGGCCGGCCACAUGCAGACCCAUCUGGGGGGGGCCGCCCCCCCUGUCCCGGGAGAUGCCCCCCAGCCACAGCCCACCUGCUGAGGGGGACCCCCGCACCCACCAGGUACUGGUGAGGUUUGUCCCAUGGCGGCGGCGGCAGCGGCAGCAG